UCACAUCAAUCUCGAACGAGAACCGUCCGAUUUCCUUCCACGUCAUCAAUCCGCGUGAAUCUUACUUUCAACGGCUUGGAUUAUAGUUGCAGGAGCUACUGGUAGAACGAACCGAGCUCGUCCCAAUUCUCGCCCAUCUCUCUAUCUCUCUCCCCCUUCCCUCCCCUUUCUCGACAUAUCUGUCUCUUGUUCAAUUUACUCGUUCCUGGAAAAAAAAAAUUGUUUUUCUCGAUAGCUUCCUUCCAGUUGCAUCAAGAGAUGAAGUCCAAGGAGGAAGAAGAGAGAGAAUUCGUAGAGCAAAACGGAAUUCCGGUUGUGAACUUGGAAGAAGAAAGCGAUGAAGAAGAAAGCGAAUCGAAGGAUGUAGUAGAACUAGAGGAAGAAGAAGAAGACGACGAUGGUGAUGACGACGACGGCGAGGAAGACAGCGACGACGAUGACGAUGAGGAGGAAGGUGAGGAAGAAGAUGUCGGUGACGUGCAAGCUGUCCACUCUGGUGAACCCCUGGUCCAUUCAGUUGACGACGACGACGAAGAUGACGACGACGACGAUGAGGUCGACGAUGACGAUGACGACGACGAUGGAGAUGGCGAUGGAGACGGUGAAGGUGAUGAUAACGAUGACGAUAGUGAGGGGAACGAAGACGAAGAGGACGAGGAAGCGAAAGAAGAGGAGGAUCUGGCAACAGAAUACUUUGUCAGGCCUGUAGGCCGCGCUAAAGACGAGGAAGAUGGCAGUGAUUUUGAGGCAGAAGGGAGUGUUGAAGAUAUUUAUGAAGAUGAUGAGGAUGAGGAUGAUGAAGAUGCUGGUAUGGUGGAGGAUCCUCCAAAGAGAAGAGGUCAGAUAGGGAUGAUUCCGAUGAUGAUGACGAUGGUGGAGAGGAUGAUGAGAGACCAUCCAAGCGAUAGGGCCUUGGAUUUUGAGGAAUGACCAUUGAUGCAUAGGUCAAUCUCUCUCCCUCUCUCCUACACCAUUUCCUUCUUUGCAGAAAGAAGGAUAAGGUGCUUUAUGCAUGUUGGUUUUUGUUGGUGUAUCAUGAUGUUGCAGUACUAAUAGGAUAAUUUGCGUUAGUUUAUGUGAGGGUCCGAAGAAGAAACAAAUGGAAAUAGCUGGGUCUUAGAAUUUGUGUAAGUUAAUGGUCUUUUAGAUAAGCUGUAGACUCUCGGUAAAAAUUUCAUCUUUUAGGUUGAUUGCAGUUUUAGAUGAUUGGUUGAUCUUGAUGUGAUUUUAUAGCUCUAUCUUUACCUUUUCAAUUUCUAUUCACCCGGAUUGGUGAAGAGUAUUAAAAUGCUCUCUAAACUGCCGAAUGA